AUGCCACAGUAUAAUUCAUGGGAAGGUGAAGAUAAUGUGAUUCGUAAACAAGCUUAUGGUGAUAUAGUUACACCACGAAAUUCUCAUACGACUGUAUUAAGACUUCAAACCUCUACUCGAACACCAAAUUAUAACCUUUAUUUAUUUGAUGCUCAAAAUUAUGCUUGGAUUUCUUCGAGUCAACCAAAUUUGUUUAAAACAAAUUCAUCAACAAAUUCAUCAACAAAUUCGUCUACACCAAAUUCAAAUUCAACACCUUUGACCAAUCCGUGGCUAGCUGGUUUUCUUAUUGCAUUCAGUGUUAUAAGUGGUCUUAUCUCGAUAAUUACUGGAUUAUUUUGUUAUUUAAAAUCAAAAAAUCGUCGUGAUAAACCUAUCCCAACGCCUGGUACUUAUAUCGAUAAUACUCCAAUUAAUUACGCUAAAACAAAAGUUAUUCCAACGCCUGGUACUUAUACACAUAAUGCUCCAACACCUUACACUAACGCAGAUGUUUUUUCAACACCUGGUACUAAUAUUUAUAGAUAA